CAGACAUUAUCCUCAGGUUGUGUUUCAUCGAAACUGAAAGUGAAAGCAAAUAUACUGGAUAGAGCUGGAGAGACGGAAAGACAAACUUUGAUUGCAACAGAAGCUUCUCUAACACAGGUUGAGACGAGUGAGUUAUGGACGCAGUGGACAGAGAUGUGAAGGGUGGUCUGACUGAAGUGAAGCAGCUUAAAGGUGCCAUCAGAGAAGACUCGAGUCCUCCACAACCCAAACUACCAAAACAGAGGCAGAGAGUUCAGCAGCAACAACCAGCAGAGGAGGAAUCCAGAGCGGACAAGGAGUUGGUCUCCAUCUCCCCAGAGCUGAUCAGCUGGAUCAAAAACAACGCUAAAGACCUCAAGAUCCGGCAGACAGACCGCCGCUGGGCCGCAGAGGUGGUCAACGAUUUCCGAGACAACUUCCUGAAGUUCCUGCGGAACAACGUCGAUCAGCCUUUCUUCCAGUCAGCUGACUUCCUCAACACCGGCAGCUAUUUUGAGAAAGUUAAGAUCCACAUCCCCGAUGAGUUCGACAUGAUGCUGAAGCUUCAGGCUCCGUCACGUUUCACCAUGACGAAUCUCGACGAUGGCCUCUUCUACCGGAUCGAUCUUGCCCGACCCACUCGGAGCCCCAUACGUGGCUUUGUUGUGGAGAACGAGCGCACCCUCUCAUCAAGCAAGAUCCUGAGUGAGACACACCGCCUGGUCCGCAAGUUCCUCAAGACCUACAAAGUGCCUGAUGAAUGCUGUCGCUGGAUAGUGAACAGGAAGCGACCGUUCUCGCCGGCUGUGACUUUGUCUCUGUGCAGGACUGAAAACAACAUUGACGAGCUGAUCUCUGUGGACCUGGUUCCUGCUCUGGAGAUUCACUCCUCUCAGGGCUGGCCGCUCGCUGUGCGAAACGGUCCAGAUGUGGACAAGUGGCUGGGAAAGAAGGUUCGCCAAGAAAUCAGAAGUUUACCGUGUUACUUUGUACCAAAGAGACUCAAAGGACGAAACCUCAGCGAGGACGCCAAAGAGAGUUGGAGGAUUUCUUUCUCCCACAUCGAAAAGAAAAUCAUCACAAGCCAUGGAAACAAGAAAACCUGCUGUGAGAGCAAAGCCACCAAAUGCUGCCGUAAACAGUGUUUGAUGCUCCUCAAGUCUCUGAUUGAAGGCCUAAAACAACGUUUCCCCAAAGAGCUGGAUGACCUCUGCUCGUACCACGGGAAGACCGCCUUCCUCCACACCCUGUCCAUCAGGUUCAGUGACUCCAUGUGGGCUCGCCAGCACCUCCCCACCUGCUUCCUGCACCUCCUCGGCGAUCUGGAGGCCCACGCUCGCACAGCCGUCCUCCCUCACUUCUUCGUUCCCUCCUGCAACCUCUUCUCCCCGGCCGUCUUCCCCAGGAAAGCGCUGGCUUUCCUCACCUGCGCCUUGGAGGAGCAGAGGAGGGAGGGCCUGCCGCUGCUGAAGCCUCCAGCUCCCGUCCCUCCGCUGAGACUAAUGGGUCUCGUGGAGGAUAUCUCCUUUGCUGAUCAGUCCUUUGAGACAGCUGCUGAUCAGUCUUUUGAGACAGCUGCUGAUCAGUCGUCCAUACUGACUGCAGUGACGUCCCUGAACGCUGCUUUUAAAAAUAUGCUGCUCCUGAUAUUUGCUGCAGCUGCUGUUUAUGUGUCCUGUUGGAUAAGUUAUUGAUAAGAAACGAGGAAGCACACUGCAUAUAUGAAAUACUGCAGACGCACUUUUCACAGAGUGUCUGAAUUAGGUUAAAUUAGGAAAUGAAACGUAUUACUCCGUAUCGAUUUUCAUUGAUCAGUGAUUAUAUCAAAUAUCAUAUUUUCCAUGGUAAUAAAAAACAAGAUUUUAACGGUUUAUAAUGUUUGAUUUUAUCCCUUUGAAACCA